AGUAAUAUAUAUAUAUAUAUAUAUAUAUAUAUAUAUAUAUAUAUAUAGAGAGAGAGAGAGAGAGAGUAAAUUAAUGGAGAAGAUGGGUACGGCGGAACCCAACUUUGAACAGCUAUUCGAGGAGAAGAAGCGCGUCCGGAACCCCCUCGUUCCCGUCGGAGCACUUAUGACGGCAGGAGUUCUCACGGCUGGAUUAAUCAGUUUCAGACGAGGCAAUUCUCAGUUGGGGCAGGUGUUAAUGAGAGCUCGAGUGGUUGUCCAAGGGGCUACUGUGGCCCUUAUGGUUGGCACUGCUUUCUACUAUGGGGAUAACCCAUGGAAAAAACCAAGUUAGACCUUCUAUAGCAUGUAUCGUUCCUCGUUAGUGACACAAGCUGUUCUUUUUCUAUGCUCUGAUUUUAUUUAAUAAAAUCAAUCACAAUUUAUAUAUUCUCAUCGCUGGUGGCAGUCCUCCCAUAUGAUCCAGUUCCGAUUACUAUUAUUAUGUAAAACUGAUAUCAGUAGAGCAUGGAUGGAGUGAGAAUAUUUGUCUCAGAACUGAAAGAAGGGAUGAUAUUUACUUUGGACAGGCAAUCUUAUUAAGAUUACAAAUAUAAUCAAUGUGUGCUUACAACCUGUUAUACUCUAA